AUGGACAUUGACUCAAAGUUGAAAACCUUCAAUUUGUCGGAGUUUAUACUAAAUGUAGCAUCUGCUCCGGCUAAUAUUUGCGUAAAUUCAAAUUGCAAGAGUAAGUUAUAUGUUGGAAGUAUGUCCAAAGCAUUAAGAAGAACACCACUGGCGAAAAAAGCUUGUAAAGUUUCUGUUCAAUUACGUUUGAGCAUUUAUUAUUAUACAGAUAGUGAAACUAAUAAAAUAUUCAAUAGUGCAUUAGAUAUUAUUGUAGCGGAUCAAGGAUAUAGUAGAUGUAUUGGGCCAUUUACAUUAGUCACACCAUUAUCUAUUAGAAGAGGAGAAAAACAAUUGUCACGUUCGUCCGCAAACCAAACACGUUGCAUAACAAUUGUUAGAAAUGCUGUGACAACAUGGAAAUAUGAAUAUCGAAAUACAGAUGAUGACGAUUUAGAAUCGGUCGAUGAUAGUAAUAUUGAUGAUGAUGAUUCACGAGAUGAUAAUAACAUGUACUCCAAUGAGUCAGACCGCAAGGUUUCCAGUAUGGAGAAUGAUUAA